UCCGCCUGUUGCUGGUGAAGCCGGCGAGGGGCCGGCGAGGGGUGCGAAGGCGGCCGCGGCCGGAGACCAGCUCCUGGGACAAGUAGGGGGAAGCCACUCGCCUGGGCGCUCUCUCGGGACCCUGAAGGUUCCUGCGCGCGCCCUCGGCCGACCCGUCGGUGCCCGGAUUUCUCAGUGGAUCGCCUUUCCGGAUUGGCGGGCAGGGCCGGUUGCUGGGGUAACGCGGGGUCAGGCGUAGUCUGAGCGGCUCGGGCCCAGGGGCGCGGCCUUCCGGGGAGCUCGCGGGCGGGGCCGAACACCUGUGCGGGCCGCCCCGGGAGGAGGUACCGCCCGCCCGCCCUCUCCCUCACCCUUUCCCUCGCUGUCGCUGGGGAGGCAGAGCCGUCCCGCACCCCUGGAGCACCCCCGCCAUGAAGCCCAACUUCUCUCUGCGACUGAGGGUCUUCAACCUCAACUGCUGGGGCAUUCCCUACCUGAGCAAGCACCGGGCCGACCGCAUGAAGCGCCUGGGAGACUUUCUGAACUUGCAGAGCUUCGACCUGGCUCUCCUGGAGGAGGUGUGGAGUGAGCAGGACUUCCAGUACCUGAGACAGAAGCUAGUGCCCACCUACCCAGCUUCACACUACUUCAGGAGCGGAGUCAUUGGCAGUGGCCUCUGUGUCUUCUCCAAACACCCAAUCCAGGAACUCAACCAGCAUGUCUACUCCCUCAAUGGCUACCCCUACAUGAUCCAUCAUGGUGACUGGUUCUGUGGGAAGGCUGUUGGGCUGCUUGUGCUCCAUCUAUGUGGACUGGUGCUCAAUACCUAUGUGACCCAUCUCCAUGCCGAGUACAAUCGACAGAAGGACAUCUACCUAGCACAUCGUGUGGCCCAAGCUUGGGAACUGGCCCAGUUCAUCCACCAUACAUCCAAGAAGGCAGAUGUGGUUCUGUUAUGUGGGGACCUCAACAUGCACCCGGAAGAUCUGGGUUGCUGCCUGCUGAAGGAGUGGACUGGGCUACGUGAUGCCUACCUUGAUACUCGGGACUUUAAGGGCUCUAAAGACGGCAAUACAAUGAUACCCCAGAACUGCUAUGUCAACCAGAAGGAGCUGGAACCUUUUUCCUUUGGCAUUCGUAUUGACUACAUGCUUUACAAGGCAGUUUCUGGAUUCUACAUCUCCUGUAAGACUCUCGAAACCACUACAGGCCAUGAUCCUCACAGAGGCAACCCCCUCUCUGAUCACGAGGCCCUGAUGGCUACUCUAUAUGUGAGGCACAGCCCCGCCCCAGAAAACCCCAGGCCUAUCAAUGGACCAGCAGAGACACCACAGCUGAUCAGUGUACUAAGGGAGGCCUGGACAGAGCUGGGUAUGGGCAUGGCUCAAGCUCGCCGGUGGUCCACCUUCACUGGCUAUGUGAUCAGUCUGGGGCUGCUUCUGGGAUUGGUGUGUAUCCUGGUAGCUGGAGGAGGGGCCAAGGAAGUUGCCAUAUUGCUCUGGAUCCCCAGUGUAGGACUGGUCCUGGGGGGAGGUACAGUCUACCUCUUCCAUACACAGGAGGCCAAGAGCUUAUAUAGAGCCCAGGCUGAGCUCCAACAUGUGCUGGGAAAGGCAAGGGAGGCCCAGGAUCUGGGCAUAGAGCCUCUGCCAGCCCCACUCCUAGGGCAGCAAGAGGGGGAUGGAGCUGAGGAUCAAUAAAGCUUGACUCUUUAA